GCUGUCGUUUUGCCCCCUCUCAUUAUCGUUUUGGGGGGUUGUCUACAAGGUGAACGAGUUCCUGUUUAGUUGCUGGGGAGGACUUGUUUCUACACACACACAAAAAAAAAACACAAACUUUCCCCGUAGCUUUGAUUGAACGUCCUCGCCAUUCCCCAAGCGACUCUUGUAUAGUGCAGCCCAGGUUUCAGAGUUCUACGUUUAAAAAAUUCUCCAAACUUCAAGCGCUUUGACAGAAGUUUCAAAAAACAAAACAAAAAAACUGCACGGUUAAUCAAAAGAUCUGACAACAAGGAAAAAUCGAUUAGCAGCCUAACGUUAUGGCGUUACCGCAUUGUUACGAUGGCAAAACGCAUCUACCAAUCCCUUCGGGGAAAUACGUCGUGGGUUGCACUGACAUCAUGACUGCAGGGGACACGGAGAACGGCUCUUUCUGUCGCAUAUUCUACCCUACGAAAUUAAAAGAUCCUUACGAAUACUCUUCCCGCUGGGCAAAAUACCUUCCCCACGAAAUGUACGUCGAAGGUUUCACGGCCGUUGGCGGAUUCCGAGUUUAUUUCCUGGGCAAAAGACUCAUUUCAUGGGCAUUUGGGAAUUCUUAUAUUCCGGUGGUGGAAGACGCUGAUCCAUCGGAUGAACAAAAACAUUUCCCUGUGAUUAUAUUUUCUCACGGUAUGAAGGCUUGCCGAACGACCUACUCGAUUUUCUGUUCUGACAUGUCUUCCCAUGGGUUCAUAGUGGCAGCCGUAGAACACAGAGACGGGUCUGCGUGCCUCAGUUAUAAUUUGGAACGAGAGGAAAACGAUAAAUCGCUGGUCGAGAAAUGGAUCGCGUACAAGUCGACGUCUUUCGAAGGCGAGGAACUCGCGUUCCGGCAACAACAAUUGCAAAUUCGCACUCGCGAAUGCAGUCAAACUCUUGAUUUACUUUUCAAAUUGAACGCAGGCACCCAAAUUGAACACAUCCUUCAACCCACAAUAGAUUUCGGAAUGUUUAAGGGCAUAAUGGAUGUGAGCUCGCCUAUUAUCGCGGGACAUUCUUUCGGUUCGGCAACUCUUUUACGCACGUUGGCGGCCGACAAACGCUUCAAAGUUGGACUUGCCAUGGACGCGUGGAUGUGGCCGCUCAAAGACGAAAUCGAAUUGGCUAAAAAUGUAGCCCAACCCGUUUUGUUUAUCAAUUCGGAAGCUUUUCAAACUGUUCCCAAUCUGAACACUAUGAAACUUUUCACUGUCGACGCCGAUCACACGGAGCGUCGCGUCGUGACUUUAAAGGGCAGCGUUCACUACAGCCAAAACGACGUCCCUUGCUUAUUGCCGUGGUAUAUCCGUCGUUUUACAUAUCACUCGACCAUCGAUCCCUUGGUGGCCAUCGAACUGAACAACCGAAUUAGCCUCCUCUACUUGCGCAAACAUUUGGGCCAUCCAGCGGACGAAGAGCUUUCGAAAUUGGUGGAAAAGCACGAGCAUUUGAUCAACGAAGGAAUUGCCUAGUCAAACCCUAACUGAAAGCUGUCACCAAAAUCUACGCAAACGGCUCAUUUAUUAUUCACAAAAGAUGCAAAUGAUUUUUUUGUUUCUUGAAAAUAAUGGAAAACAGCUCAGACAAUCCUACCCACCCCUUUUUUUAGCCCCCCUCCUCGUCCGAUAAUCGUCUUUCACAGUGCCAUUUGGGGCCUAAUCACAUGUAAGCUGCUUUCAGCCGUGGGAGAAAAAUAAAACAAACAACAACAAACAAAAAAUAAACUCGUUGAAUUGAA